AUGAUAAGAGGGACACCUGCCCACGGGUAUGCAGUUCUAGAUGCUUACAGUUAUAUGCUUAGGACUGUAAAUGAAGGAAGCAAGACAUCGCUGAAAGUUGAUGACAAAGGGAGGUUCAAAUAUUUCUUUGUAUCUUAUGGAUCUUGGAUUAGGGGAUUUGUGCAUAUGAGAAAUGUCUUGGCUAUUGACGGGAUAUUCUUAAGGGGCCCGUACGAGGGAGUUCUGUUAUAUGCUGUGGCACAAGAUACGAAAAAUCAUAUUUUUCAUGUUGCAUUUUGUGUAGUAGAUAAGGAGUGUGAUGCUUCAUAUGAAUACUUUUUUGAGCAAUUGCUAGACAUAAUCCCCAAUACUACAGAGUUGUGCAUCAUUUCUGAUAGGCAUCCAAGCAUAGGAAAAAUGGUAUCAAAGAUUUACUCUGAAGCACACCACGGAUGUUACACGAGGAAACUUGCUGAAAAUGCAAGAAAAGAAUUUCAUUGUGGAGAUUUCCUUGGACAUUUUUAUCAUGCAACUAAAGCAUACCGGAGAGAUAUGUUCAAUGACCAUUUUGAAGAAAUCAGAUAUAUCAAUGCAGAAGUCGCCGAUUAUCUUGAGAAUAUUAGCUUUCCAAGAAUCGCAGUAGUUGUGGGACAAUUAAAGUAUGAUAUAUUGACCUCAAACAUUGCUGAGUCUGUUAACUCAAUGUUUAAUGAAGAAAGAGAAUUCCCCAUUACUGCUCUAUUCGAUGCUAUAAGUAGGAGGUGGUCAGAAAUAUUCCAUGAGAGGCAGAUGACAUACGUCAACUUAACAACUAUCUUUGUCCCUUCAGCUGAAAAGAAAAUAAUGACUAACAAGAAUCUGGGAAAUAAGUUAUUGCUCCAUCGAAUAGAUGAAGACACAUUCACCAUCACCAGGGAAAGUGGGAUCUUAGUGAUAGAUUUACGAAGAAAAACAUGUUCGUGUCGAGAGUUUGACUUGGACAAAUUACCUUGUUCACAUGCUAUGGCAGCGCUAGAAGUAAAUUCGGAGAUGAAUAUGGAAAGAUGA